GUGCAAGUACCACUGUAUGCAAAGAUGGCACCAAGCUGCUCCCGUAGGUAUGCACUGCCCUGAAUGAUCAUAUUAUCUUGCAGUGCCUCGCGCGUGAUUAUCCCGACAUUCGACUCAGGAUAAGAGUCUACAAUCAGACGAUCACUCGCCUGGUCGGCAUAUCGAACAUCCCGCAUAUAUUAUCAGGUAUCCCGUCUGGACAACAGCCUUCCUCAUUCUUCUGAUGACUGGCCUUUGUAUACGCGAAGGAUUCAUUCCUCAAAUGUUUGGCAGUAUCACGAUACUUAUGGCAAGCAAGAGCCAGUUGGACAGCUUUGCUCACAAUGGAAUCCAAUGUGGUGUUUUUGGGCAUGGAGGUACGUUCCGGCACGCUGGACUUUCUGCUGAAGAAGUGGCAAACAUUGUGCUAAACGAAUUCUACGCCGGCUUGAGGGACAAGAACGGACAGGAGGUUGUGUACCAAAACUGGCUAAAGUGAGGUGUUGGUACAAGAGUUUUAGCCAUGAGGG